AACAGCAAUACUCUGUCUUGGCUAACCAUCGCUAUACGUUAUGCCCUUGUAAUAAGGAUUACAAAUGUACAGUGACAGUUGUCCGAUAUGAAGAAAAUGCUCAAUGAAAAAUUGGCUAAAUAUUAAUCAGAAAACAAGCAAAAUGGGUGGAAUAUAGUUCUAUAAAUUAUUUCUUCGGAUUAGUCUGACACCGCUAUUCAGUCGCAAUGUACGCCUCUGAAUACUCCUAAGUCGGUUCGCAGUAAUCGCAGUGUCAGUUCUGGAGAUGAAAAUUCAGACUUACGUUAAUAUCUCACAACGUUUUAUUUGAAAUACCUACGUUUAUCGGUAAACAAUAACAACAAUUCAAACUUUUGCAGAUCAAUAGUCCUUCCUUUCCACAGACCUAUUGCGUACAAAAAACAAAUGUAUCCACAAAAAUAUAGACACGCCUUGCCAGCCAGGCAAGGCUCCCUGAGAAAGAAGAAUGAACAAAAGGACCGUUUUAACGGUUACGAGUCCAAAACUGAUUUGAAGACCGUAAGCCUCAAAACGAUGCGUGAUCAGGUGACUCAAACUGAUGAAGAUGAAUUGAUUACAGUGCAGUAUGUGACAAUAAAAUCUUUACGCAAACAGCUAAAGGAAGUUCACCUCCUUCUGGGGCUGAAAAACUAGAUCCUGAUGUUGCUACCGAUGUGAUAAAAAUAAAAGAGCUCAAUCAGCAGAAAACUGCCCUAAUAAAAAGUCAUAGAAGAAACCAUAAGCGCAGCUCGAGUUCUUGUAUUACGGUAAUUCAUUCAAUAUUUCAAUCAUUUAUUUGAUAUCUAUACUUGAUUAUUUAUAAUUGAUAACAAUGAAUUUUGAUUCUUUUAGGGAAUUUUAGGUCUAUUGUACUCAGAAUCACGAGUACUUUCAAUCUCACUGGGAGACAACAAGUGUCCCAGAAUUUCCAUAAAUUUUUGUUACUCCAUAAAACAUGUACGGAAAAUGGUAACAAAAUAAGAAAAAAAUGAAAAAAUCGUAUGGCACAAGUUUUUUAAUCACUAGUAUUGAAAAAGCUAGUAAUUCUAAGUAGAAAAGCAUUUUUUUUAAAUUAUCACACUUCAUAAAAGUGGCAAAAAAAAGAAAGGCUCUUUAAUAACUUUUUUUCCUUACUUGUAGGCUAAUACUCCAAACUCGGACAUUCAAUGCAUCUGUAAUGCAUCUGAUGAUGAGUGGAAGCCUGAGGAUUACAGGCCAAGCAAGCAAAAUAUUAAUGACAUGAAGAUACCUAAGGGAAAUGGGAUGGUGCCGAUUGGAGAGAGAUACGCAAUAGUGCCAGCCAGGGUCCUUAAGCAAAUUGAUUGGAGAUUAAGGAAACUGUUGACUUCGGUGUUUACACGCCGAGAGUUAGCGACUCAUUCUUUGACCGUGAAAUCUUCUCCUGCCUUUCCGGGAAAACCUGCGAAGAAACGUCUCGAUCCUGGGGGCCGAUUUUUGAGUCUCACUGUCACUAAAAUACCAGUUGAAAACGGUGAAUUGCCUAUUAUUUUCAGUGACAAUUUUCUGAAUUCGAACGUCGUGAGACUCAAAAAUCGGCCCCCUGAGCGCGUGAAUGACAUCGUGCAACUUGUUGAAAUAUCAAAAGUCAAGGCAAGCUUGGUGCGAACCAGUAUAACUACGAAAUGUGCUGAUAAGAGCAAAAUGUACCGCAGUCGUCAACAGAAUAAAAAGAAACGCUUUUCGAACCAAGAAAACUUUCCUCCAUUGCCGCAUAAUGAUUAAUAGUUUAUUAAAUGAAACUUCCCCUUGUUUAGAUAACAUAAACAUAACAUAAAACCUACUUAACCCUUCUAGUAUUUAAGUUAAGCAAAGUUAACAAAGCAUGAAUUUAACAAAUUUUUUUAUAUUUUUAAUGAACUCAGAAUAUAAGUAUGAACUAACUACCUGUAAUGUAACUUAUAAGUUAUGUGACUUAUAAAUGUAAUUGUAAGAAAAGUAUGCAAUGCCAGUGGAAUUAGCUUAGCAUAUUAGUUUAUCUGUCUCAACGUGGGUUAAUAAUAAAUAAAAAAUUAUAAAUUAAUUUGCAUAUUUAGGUUUAUGUCUCUUUUAAAUCAAUAAGAUUGUUUGAUUUUAAAGGGUACCUAAUUAAAAUGAGCACAUGCGAUAAAAUGAUUUCUAUCAGCUAAUAAUUUAAGUCUACAAAAUUACGUAGAGUAGUAGUUUUCAUUAAAUAUUUGUAAUUUAAUUUACCAUAAGGUAAGUUUUAAUUAUUUUUGCUGUAGGUUAUUGAAGGUAACUUUAAAGAGUUUAUUUUGCAAAAUUUCAUGUAGGUACAAGAAUUACGCAUGCGAUACAUUUCUAUCACCUUAUAAUUCAUAAGUCUACGAAAUUACGUAGCAUACUAGUUGUUAUUAAUUAUUGGCCAUUUCCUUGAAUUAAAGUUUGAUUUAUUUUUGCUACAUGUUAAUUGAGGUAAUUUUUUUAAUUUGUUUUGUCUUUUCACUGUACUUUAUUAUUCAUUUAUAUCAAUAGGAUUUUGUAUUGUAUAACAUAUAUGUUUACAUCAUUAUAAAUAAAUUUAUUAGUACUCAAAUUAUCAUACUUGUUUCAUUCCGCCCCAUAAGGUGAACUGAAGAUACAUACAUACAAUCACGCCUGUAUCCCAUAAAGGGGUAGGCAAAAUACACGAAACUACUAAAGCUGUAGUGCCACUCUUGGCAAAUAAGGGGUUGAAAGAAAUCGAAACUGUGACAUUGCA